CACACGAACACAGACCCCCCUCUAGCACAGAAGUAGACAGAGAGCAGUGAAGAGCAGAAGGAGCUGGGUGGCAGGAGGGAGGCAGGAGGGCUGUUGUUGAUUGAACAAAGCCAGGGAAGGAGCGCACAGUCGUGGGGCGAAGAGCAGCUUUGAAAUGCCUUGAAGGGAGCCUGCCAGUUACUCCUGCAGAGACCUGAAGGUGUGCUUCAGCUGAGGAUGGCAGGAGAUUCACGAGUCCUCAUGGACCACAACAUGGAGAUAGGGGUAACACCUGCACAGGUUAAGAAACUCCCGAAACAUCUGCGGGAGCCUCAGAUCUCAACCGAGCGAACCCACUUGAUUUCAGAACCUGUAAAAAAGCCACGUCAGCGGUAUGUGCAGAAGGAUGGCAAGUGCAACGUUCAUCACGGAAAUGUGCAAGAGACCUAUCGUUACCUCAGUGACUUAUUUACAACUCUGGUGGAUCUGCGGUGGCGCUUCAGUCUAUUAAUUUUUACCUUGGUUUAUGUGGUCAACUGGCUUUUCUUUGGGUUUCUCUGGUGGCUUAUUGCACUGGUCCGUGGAGAUCUGGUGCAUGGAGAUGAAGAGGGCUGGACCCCAUGUGUGGAAAACCUCAACAGUUUUGUCUCAGCUUUCCUCUUCUCUAUUGAGACAGAGACCACCAUUGGGUAUGGCUAUCGCGUCAUUACAGAACGAUGCCCUGAAGGUAUUGUACUGCUCUUGGUGCAAGCCAUCUUGGGAUCCAUUGUUAACGCAAUUAUGGUGGGGUGCAUGUUUGUCAAGAUUUCACAGCCAAAGAACCGCGCCGAGACCCUCAUGUUUUCAACCAAUGCUGUCAUUUCGGUGCGGGACAACAAGAUGUGCCUGAUGUUUCGAGUGGGGGACUUGAGGAACUCUCACAUUGUGGAGGCGUCAAUUAGAGCAAAGCUCAUCCGCUCACAGCAGACCAAAGAGGGGGAGUUCAUCCCACUCAACCAGACUGACAUAAACAUCGGCUUUGACACAGGGGAUGAUCGGUUGUUCCUGGUGUCACCACUCAUCAUUUCCCAUGAGAUCAAUGAAAAGAGCCCAUUCUGGGAAUUGUCCAUGGCACAAAUGGAGAAAGAGGAAUUCGAAAUCGUCGUUAUCCUUGAGGGCAUGGUUGAAGCCACAGGAAUGACAUGUCAGGCUCGGAGUUCCUACCUGGAUACAGAGGUGUUAUGGGGCUACCGCUUCACACCUGUUUUAUCUUUGGAAAAGGGCUUCUACGAAGUAGACUACAACAACUUCCAUGACGUCUAUGAGACCAACACUCCCACCUGCAGCGCCAAGGAGCUAGCCACCAAGCUUCGGGACGAACCACUUUUGCCUCAGCUCCCGCUUCUAAGUCCCGAACCUAAAACGCAAACUUUUGACCCCCUGGACUGCCUGUCUGAGUUGAAUCCACUAAGUCAGGAUGAAAAGAUGGAGGAAAGAGAUUCAAGUGAUAGGGGAGAGAACAAUGGCUUAACUGCUGCUCUCGAGGAGCCUCCAAUCACUGAUUGACUUCCAGACUGAAGUGGUACAUCAGCCAAGAAGUCCAGCAAAGACUGGAGCAGACAGUGCUUCUUUUAAUCAAUGGCCAUUUAUUUACUCUGCAGUAAUUUGAGACAACAGACUUUGUCUCCAGAUUCCAACACAUGCAAUAUUUCUCCAUAAGAACAUCAAUCUAUGGUAUAGAUUGGUUUUGUAGACAAAUAUAUUACUCAUACAGAGGCACACAUUUAAAAUAACUAUAACUACUCUUAGAGUUUGGGGGCUUUUUAUAACCACAAGGAUCACCAAACUGUUAUUUCACAUGAGUUCAAGUUUUAUGAUUUAAAGUAAACUAAAGCUGGAAGCCCUGAAAGCACACCAUGAGUUUAUUGUGGAUGCAUCAAUAUUCUCAUUUUAAGAUGCUGUAAGUCUGCAUUUUUUAAACUUCCAGUCACUCCCAUUGAGAAAACCUGUCUAAACAGUCACUUUAAAAAGCUCGAAUGUUUGAGAGCAGCUUGCAUGUGAUAAUAAAAUCUUGCUUGCAUUUCUUUUAUUUUAAAAUAAGAUAUA